GCAUGUGUCUGAGAGGCAGUCAGAAACAGAGCAGAGCCAGGGAGCAGAGGUGAUCUCACACUCAUCAGCACAGGAUAACACAACCAUGAUGGGUUGACUUUGGGGGGGGGAGAAAGGCGAUUGGAGAGAGGAAGUGUGCGAUCGCCACCACUUGCUCAGCCAUGGAGACCAACAAAGUUCUUCAUUUCGUGCCUUCGGAGGCGCCUCCCUCUGGGAUGUCCAAGAAUGGAUACUUCUUUCAAGAAAUGGAGCAGCGGGAGGUGGAGCAGGAGGAGGGCAGCGAGGGCCGAGAGGAGGGACAGGACUCGCCCAUCGCCUGCGGAGAUGACAUCCACCUCUAUGACAACCAGAUCAGCCCUGGGCCAGAUGCUGACGACUCUGGUUGUGUUUUAUUGAAUACAUCAAGAAAGUAUGUGAAGCUGAUGAACUUUGAGGAGGAAGUUCGGGCUCACAGGGAUCUGGACGGCUUUCUGGCAAGGGCCAGUAUCCUGCUGGAUGAGACGGCUGCCUCUCUGGACGACGUUCUGAAGAGAAUGCUGCACCAUGUGGGCCAGGACAGCCAUGUCUCCGAACCCAGCUGCAACUUCGAGGAGGUGAUGAGCUUGCUUUUCACCGAUGCCGGAGCUCAGGAGGUCAACGACAAGUCUCAAAGUUUCGUUUUCUUUGAUGACGUCCACCUGCUGUCAGAGACGAUCCAGGGAGUGACGGCCACCGCCACCGGGAUCCAGUACCAGCAGUCAUGGCUCUGCAUCCUCUGCAACGUGAAGCAUCUCCAGAGGCGUCACGUGUGCAUCUCCCGCCUGGAGAGGCCGCAGAACUGGGGGGAGAACUGCUGCGAGGUCCGCUAUGUCAUCCUGAUACUGGCCCCGCUCAAAAUGAAAAGCACCAAGACAGCGAUGGAGCUCGGCAGGACGUUCGCCACCCUCUUCUCUGACAUUUCCUUCAGGCAGAAGCUGCUGGAGACGAAGACGCAGGAGGAGUUUAAGGAGGCGCUGGUGUUCCAGAGGCACCAGCUGACGGCGACCAACCAGCAGCCCAUCGCUCUGGGGAAGGAAGAGACCGACCCCCGCAGUCACAAACCCCUUCAGUGUAAAGAUUUCUUCAAAGCCGGCCGGGGGAUCUAUGAGGACUUCUGCCGCAGGCUGCCGUUCUACCCCUCUGACUUCACAGAUGGUAUCGUUGGCAGUAAUAAGACUCUGCUGAAGUACAUGACUACUGCCAUCUUCCUCUACAUCGCCAUCCUCCUUCCCGCCAUCGCUUUCGGCUCCCUCAAUGACGAGAGCACACGUGGCGAGAUAGAUGUUCGGAAGACCAUCAUCGGCCAGAGCAUCGGAGGGGUCAUCUACUCGCUGUUCGCCGGCUCUCCUCUGGUCAUCCCUCUGACCACAGCUCCCCUCGCCAUCUUCAUCAGCGUGAUCAGAGGAAUCUGUGACGACUACAACCUGGACUUCCCGGCUUUCUACGCCUGCAUCGGUCUGUGGAACUGCCUCUUCCUCAUCCUCGGAGGUAUCUUCAAUCUCAGCCUGCUCAUGAAGCUCUUCAAAAGGUCGACAGAGGAGGUCAUUGCCCUGUUUAUUUCCAUUGCAUUUGUAGUGGACGCAGUGAAAGGCACCGUCAAAAUCUUUCACAUGUACUACCCUGCAUCGCCGCUGGCCAACAGCAGCGUGGAGAACUUCACUCAAGGCGGAGAUCUCCUCGGGGGAAACAGGAGUGAAACGGCGGCCGCGUUAGCAAUCGAUGUUAUCCCUGAAUCGUUCAUCCAGUGCACUCGAGAAAGACCCGUCCUCUGCCUCCUGCUGAUGCUCGGGACGUUGUGGAUGGGCUACACCCUCUACCAGUUCAAAAGGAGUCCGUUCCUGCAUGCCAAAGUGAGGGAGGUGCUGUCGGACUGCGCCCUGCCGAUCUCAGUGCUCCUCUUCUCCUUCAUUGGAUCCUACCUUUUCAGCGACAUUGAGCUUCCAGUUUUUAAAGUUCACGACCGGCCAGUCUUCAACGUGGCUCCGUUUGAGCGUCUGUCGGCGAUGAACGUUCUCAGCGCCAUGGGUCUCGGCUUCCUCCUCGCCCUCCUCAUCUUCAUCGACCAGAACAUUGUGGUCUCGCUGACCAACGCGCCCGAGAACAGGUUGCUGAAGGGCACGGCGUAUCACUGGGACCUGAUGCUCUCCGGGCUCAUUAACAUACUGAUGUCGGUGAUGGGGUUGCCCUGGAUGCACGCGGCCUUCCCCCACUCCACCCUCCAUGUGCGCCAGCUGGCUUUUGUGGAGCAGCGCGUGGAGGGGGGGCACCUCUACGAGACUAUCGUCCAGGUGAAGGAGACCCGGCUGACGUCUCUGACUGCCAACAUCUUCAUCGGCGUGUCGGUGCUGCUGCUGCCCCUCCCGCUGCAGUGGAUCCCCAAACCGGUCCUGUACGGCCUCUUCCUCUACAUCGCCCUCACCUCCAUCGACGGGAACCAGAUGUGCGACCGCAUGGCCCUCCUCCUCAAGGAGCAGACGUCUUA